AUGAAAGUUGAAAGCGCGGCUCGCAUUGAGGUCUACCCUCUUAGCGCGCCAGAGGAUCGAGCCAAAGAGCAGCAACUUAGACAGCAGCAACAGUACAUCCAACAGCAACUUCGAUACGAGAAGGCGCUCGAACGAGAACAAAUCGAAAGGAAAGCUCGAGAAGAGGAGAAUCUUCUGAUAAGAGAAGAGCAGGAGAGGCUCAGACGACUCUUCGAACGAGAGCGCGCCGAGAGGGAACGUCUCGAGCAGAUUCGUCGUCGAGAAGCCGAAGAGCGUGAACGUCUUCUACGCCAACAUCAGCUCGACGAACAGAAUCGACUAAGGCGAAUCGAGGAGGAAAACCGUCUUCGACAGUUGCAGUGGACACAACCGUAUCAACUACAGUAUCCGCCACAGCAGCAGCAACCGCAGCAGCAGUACUGGAAUCAAGAUCCAUAUCCACGUAAAGCGCAGCAGUACGUUCCUCCAGCUAGACAAGAAGUCCUAUACGAACGUCAAGCGUUUGCUCAACAACAUCCACCACAACCUGCGCCCAGGCAUUUCCAAGAAUACCAUCGAUCUGUUCCAUCAGACCAUCAAUUCCGUCAAUUUAAUCAAUACCAACAACACAUCGAAAGUCAACGAACUCAAAAUAUGCCAGCACUAAAGCCAACACCGGGUGCACAGACAACAUCUGGUCCAAUGGCCAAUGGAGAGUCAGCUGUAAGUGCCACUCGUACCAAAAUUAUCCCUGGACAUUCACACGAGCACGGCGCAUCUCUAGUGCCGUCGCGUCCGCCCCAGUUCCUCGUACAUCCUCAAUCAGUCGCUGCCAAAGCCGGAGAGACAGUCGUAUUCACUUGCAAGACCACUGGUGUACCGCCACCGACUUUGGAAUGGUGCCUUGUUGACGGUACCCCCAUAAAAUCAGAGGGCAAAUUCAAAAUCGAACAUGGUAGCGCUGGCGACAGUAAACUCAUCAUUGAGAAGGUUGAUGCUAAUGACGCGAACACGUACGCAGCCAUUGCACGAAACAGCGGUGGAACGUUCCAAAGCCGCUUCAUGCUCAACGUACUCCAGGCAAGACCUCCAGAUGCCCCGGAAUUCACUGGAAAAUUCCAAUCAACCACCAUUUACGAGGGCGAUUCGGUAAAACUAUUCUGCCGAGCAACCGGCGACAAAAUCACGUACAAAUGGUUCAAAGAUAACGAGGAACUCUCGAGUACACCUCCAUACAGGAUCGAGAACAAAGGAAAUGAAACCACACUAUUCAUUGAAAAUGCGACAUUAGCCGAAGGCGGAUGGUAUCGUUGCGAUGCUAUUAACAAACACGGCACCACCGCGCUCAACGGCCGAGUUGUCGUACAAAGUCGUCAGAAACUUGGCCCCGCACACCGUGAACAGGUCACCCUCAGAAAAGUCGAUCGUCGAAUGGCCAGGACCCCUGUACCAGUCAAUGAAAUGCAGGAUAGAGCAGCUUCAAAAUCUGCUCCGGCAUUUGCUGGCCAAUUGCCGCCAUUGAACCUGAUCGAAGGACAGACUGCUCGCUUCGAGUUCAAAUACUCACCAGCUGACGAUCCCGAACAUUAA